GGAGUGAUCGCACAAGCAGCCUUGCCGUAACAAGCUAGUCAUCAACACUUCGUUCCGAAAUUUCGGAACUCCUGUGAGCGGCACCUAUAACAUCAAUUUCAAGUCUUGUCAGUACUGCCGCAGACACUCGAUCGCCAGACCAAAGCGAAGAGUGGGACCAGAAAACGUUUACCAGGACGUUUGUCUGACGCUCAAAGCAUCGUAUCUCUUCAGAGUGUCGGUUCUUCUCAGAUACCAGUAGACAUCAUAAACAUGAAGAUAAAUGAGUUCACAAGCUUGAUCACGCCACGCGUUCUCCUCGUUCCGUACAGCACGCACCACGUACCUAUCUAUCAUGAGUGGAUGCAAGACGAAGAGAUUCAACAAGCUACAGCUUCGGAACCUCUGACCUUAGAUGAGGAAUACUCGAUGCAACAGUCCUGGCGUACCGACGCCGACAAAUUGACAUUCAUCGUAUGCACACAUCCCGGCGAGCAAUUCUAUGAUGAGAUCACCAGAUCAACACAAAUAGCUUCUAUCUCUCCCGGCAAACAAGAUGCACCAGAUUGGAUGGUUGGUGAUGUGAACUUGUUCCUUAGCGACGACGAUGAAGAGGACGAGGAAGGAAAGGUGGAUGAAGAAGGAAACGAAGAUAAGCCGAAAAGCGUUAUUGGUGAACUUGAAAUCAUGAUUGCGCGGAAAGAUCAGCAAGGCAAGGGCCUGGCACAGGAAACUCUGCGGGCGUUCAUGUCGUACAUCCAGUCGUCCUUACCCAGCAUACUGCUCGAGUAUGCCGGAGAAAGGGACGUAGUUUUGAAAUACUUACGGGUCAAGAUUGACAAAGACAAUGUGCGGAGCUUGAAGCUCUUCGAGCGCGUCGGUUUCGUCAGAACAAGUGUAGAGCCUAACUACUUUGGCGAGGUGGAGCUGCGGACACCGGUCGUGGAGGAAAUCUUGAAGGAUGUUGAAGGCAGGAUAGGGCUAGUAGGUUCUGGGAAGACAUUAAAGUAUGAGGCAGCAGACAGCCAGUGAGCACCAUAUGUUGGGUACAACUGCAAUUCAACCCUGAGUAUCA